AGAGUCGUUUGCUGUUAGCUGAUAAUUUACGAACGUCAAUUUAUAAAAUCGCUCGCACUUAUACGAGCCCGUUCAGUUUGUCAGGAUCUAAGCGCGGUGCUGGUCACGUCUGAUUUCCUUCUACGAUCGAGCGAGCGAAUAAAAAAAUAAAAUAAAAAAGAUGCCUAUCGACCUGUAUCAUUAUCCCGCAAGCGCACCAUGCCGCGCUACAAGACUAACCGCCGCUGCUCUUGGACUAGAUUUGAACCUGAAGUUGGUAGAUCUAAGCAAAGGUGAACAUUUGACACCAGAAUACCUCAAGCGCAACCCUCAGCACACCAUACCCACCGUGGAUGACAAUGGAUUCGUUAUUUGGGAAAGUCGUGCGAUCAUGGCAUACCUAGCAGAGCAGUACGCGGGCAAAAACGAGUCCCUGUACCCCAAGGACCCGAAAAUCCGCGCUGUCAUUCACCAGAGACUGUGCUUCGAUCUUGCAACUCUCUACCGAGCUUUCGGAGAUUAUUACCAUCCCUUGUUCUUCACCGGCGCAACCGGUGGACCUGACCUACUGAAAAAGAUCCCGCCCGCACUCGAGCUUUUCGAUAAAUUUUUGGAAGGUCGCAAGUACGCUGCAGCCGACACUUUGACGAUUGCUGAUCUCGCUCUGGUAGUUACUGUGUCAAACUUUGAGGCGGUAGAUUACGACCUCAGCAACUACAAGAACGUCACAAAAUGGUUCGCGCUGAUAAAAUCGGAAGCUCCGAAAUACCAAGAGAUAAACGGCGAAGGAGCAAAACAAUUCGGAGCUUUUAUCAAAUCAGUUAAGCAGAAGUGAAUUGUCAUCACAAAAUCAGGAAGAUAGAUUCCCGUGUGCUUACAAAUCAUUUGAAUAAUAAAAUUUUGCUGCACUCUAUUCGAUAAUAUAUUACAUCAUUUUUCUAAUCAUUAACAAGACAAAUCUAAUCUUUCCAAGGUCUGAUUGUCAAUGAAAUAUAAUUAAAUCAUCGGAUAAAAUCACCUGAGGUGAGGUUUAAACCCAAUUACGUCUGUCUUCUGAUCGUUAAAUAUAUGAUAUAAUAACAAA